UUCGGGAAAACCGUCACUGCGGCUCGUGCUCGCUCCUUAGCUGCGAGCCUGUCCCCUUUCUGUCCUCCUCCCGGAUCCCAUUCCCACUCAACCAGCCCUCGUGUUAGCGAGGUUGGCAUUAGCCACGGUCGGGUUGGGCCAGUGGCUCAGGGCGGAGACCAGGUCGCGUGACCAGGUUGGCAAGGAGCGGGGUCAAAGAGCGACAUGCGGCUCUGAAGCCACGGUUGCCGAUACCCCCGAGACUCAAGGUUCACAUAGCAACGGAAGAGCGGAAGUUUCAACAAAAUAUAUUCAAAACCAAGGCGGGCGCUGAAAGUGUUGUGAAACCGUUGCCUCCCAAGCAGCGGCGAGUCCUCACGAACGACACCGCGGCCCAACCGCUCCUCCUGACAGGGAGCCCCCUCCCCACGGAGCCAUCGUUUCGUGCCGCGUGUCUCUUGGAAAGGCUUCGCGGAAUCUGCGAAAGGACAUCUCUGCUGCGGAUAACCCGUAGACUGUUCCCAAAGUAAUGGAGCGGCUGACAUUUCAGCCCGGGGCUGCUGCGGCCAUAGACGACUACUUGGAAUAUAAGAGAAUUGUAGGAGAAGAUGAUGGUGGGAAACUAUUUACCCCAGAUGAAUAUGAACAAUAUAAGAAACGAGUAUUACCAAUUCGGCUGCAAAAUAGAUUAUAUGUGAGCUGGAGAUCACCAACUGGCAUUGACUGUAAACUUGUGGGUCCAGAAACACCCUGCUUUUGUUCUCACAGAUAUAAACAACAUAAAACAGAUUUUGAAGUGAUUCCAAAAGAACGUCCUAUUUCUGUACCUUGUAGAGUGAGCCGGUGCACAUGCAAAUCUUAUAACUUUGUUCCUCUUAAUGGUACUCAGCCCAUCCGCUGUAGAUGUAAGCACUUUGCAGAUCAGCAUAGUCCAGCAACUGGAUUUCUAUGCAAUGUGUGUUCCAAAUGUUCAGGGUUUCACAGUUGCUUUACUUGUGGAUGUGGCCAGCCAGCAUAUUCUCAUGAAACUGUAGUGGAAACAAAAGAGGAACGUUUAGCCCAAGGAAAGCCAGUUGGGCACGAUGUCCCUUAUGCUGCAAUGGGGGGACUAACAGGUUUUAGUUCCUUAGCAGAAGGCUACAUGAGACUUGAUGAUAGUGGAAUAGGAGCACCUUCUGCUCAAUUCUUAGAAGCUCCUGUAACCAAUAUGGAUAAUCCAUUUUUAAAAGCAUUCCAAGGUCCAUCCAGUUCCAUGCAGGCCUACUCCCAAUUAACAGAUGGAAGUACAAGUACAACAAUGAAAGUUUCCAGUUUAAGGAGAUCUGAAGAAGAUGAUAUGGCUUAUUCUGAAAGACAAUAUCAGGCACGGUUGAAACAAGAGAAGGUGAGGGAUCAGAAAGGCAAAAGUUAUAUGUCAACAAAGACCCAACAUCAUCAAUAAUGUAUUUGGGUUUCACUGUAAUUUAUGAGCAUUUCUGUCCCAAUUCUGCCUAUCUUUCUUCAGUGACUAUAGUACAAUAUAUUUAUUUUUCUAUGCCAAUUUUGUUGCAUUUAAAAUGAUAAUGUGCUUCUUUUCAUGCAUUGAAGCAAAAUAAUGCUAUCCAUUUAAUUCUGCAUACUUGAAAAUUAGUAAUGGAAAAAAUUCAGGUUUCGUAGCAGAAAACCAUUGAGAAUUAUUUCUUCAGAAGUGUUUAUUAUUGUUAAAGAUUUACAUUUUAUGAAAAGUGGUUUUGUUUUCUGUAUUUCAAGAUUUGAAAAUGUUGAUAAUAAAGAAAAACAAAUAAUCA